AACAUAAUAUUAUAUACAUAUCGAUUGAUAUAUUGAUCCAUCACCUACCUUAAUUCAUUCCUCAAACACAUGGCGGUGGCAGUCACACAUGCUGAUCUCGCUCCAAAGCAUAGAGGUGCCGAUAUUGGAAGCAAAACGGGUGUGGCAUUGACGGUCUUGUCCAUACUCCUAGGCUUGCUUUGCUUUGUUCUUUGUCUUAUUGCUGAGGCAACACGCUCACAGAUAGUACGGGGGGAGGCGAGUGAUGGUGAAUGUAGAUACAGUGGCAACGGGAAGAUGCCAUUACUCUGCGCUGCGGGUGCAUUUUUGUCCCUCGCGAUUGCCAUGGUGGUGCAACACACUCACUUGUUGUUGGCAGUUAGUAAAUCGGACCCAGACCCGAGUCAACUGUCCAAUCACAAUCUCAACACUCUCACCUGGCAGGCUGCAUUUUUCUUUAUUACAACUUGGUAUGGUGAUAUGUUUUUCGGUUGGAGAAGUUUUGUUGUUAAUUGGACUAAGUGUGGAGUCGGGUCACUUGAAAGGGUGGUUAAAACCCAGGUCUAGCUGCUUCAUUGCUCGAGAGGGCUUAUUCUCUUCCGCUGGUGUAUUAGGAAUUACAACCGUCUUUCUUGCCACUGGUUUGUCUAUCACGGCUCUAAGAGCCCAAUGGCUGCUGUUACAAGAAGAAGAAAAUUAUUCAUCCCCAGUCCCACCAAGAGAAGACCGAAUCAUGACCAUCCAUGGUGAAGCUCCCAUUGUUAGAAGACAUGAUGAUCUAUACCAUGAGCCCGGACUGAUCGAAUAUCUUAGGGCUUUUGAUAAAAUUAUUUAACCUUUUUUUUCUUCUUCUUCUUCAUAUAUUGAGUGUGAAAAUACA